AUAUCAUACAAACAACUCGAUAAAAUCAAAUCAAGAUCAAUCUCACAUCCUCAUCAACCCGAGUAUUUGACCUUCUGCUUGAUCUUCUAAGUCAUUGAAUCCUUCAGCAAUGGGAGACAGUAAAAACAAGGGAAGAAAAAUAAGUCUAUACUGGAAUCAUUUUACGGAGUUAGAAGUGGAAGACAUGUCUAGACGAAGAGUCAGGUGUGAACACUGUUAUAAAGUGUUAGGCCUUGGGGCUUGCGGCACGGGCAACAUGGGACGCCACUUAAAGAAAAUGCAUCCUGCCGUAAUGAUGAUGAUUGCAGAGGCUGAAGGUUUGGACGUGUCUGAAACACAAAUAAAUUCAGAAACAGAAAUAGAGGCUGCAGACGGAGCGGACAGUGAAACAUCUACCAUUGAAACGGACCGAAAGAAAGAUUCACCAAAUGAUGUAGAACUGAAAGGGAACAAAAGAAGGAGUGUUUACUGGAAUCAUUUCACGGCGAUACUAGACGAUGACGGAGUAGAGCGGAGAGCCAGGUGCAAGCACUGCGAACGAGCGAUUGUCUUCCAAUAUGGCUGCACUGGAAAUUUGGCACGUCACAUAAAGACCCUACACCCCGCCAUAUAUAUGAUGAUUAAAAAGGCUGAAGGUUUCGACAUGUCUGAAACACAAAUAAAUUCAGAAACAGAAAUAGACUAUGAGGCUGUAGACGAAGACGAAAUAUUCAGUGAAACAUCUACUGUGGAAACGGACCAAAAGAGGGAUUCCCCAAAUGAUGUAAAACUGAAAGGGAACAAAAGAAGGAGUGUUUACUGGAACCAUUUCACGGCGAUACAAGACGAUGAUGGAGUACAGAGGAGAGCGAGGUGCAAGCACUGCGAACGAAUUAUAUUCUUUGCAAAUGGCUGCAGUGGAAAUUUGGCACGUCACAUAAAGACCCUACACCCGGUUGUACAGAUGAUGAUUAAACAGGGGGAAGGCCAAGAUAUGUCUGAAACACAGCCAAACACGGAAACGGAAACCGUAGUAGAGUAUGUGACUGAAGACGGACGCAAGUUCAAAGAGUUCUACAUUGUGCAAUCUGACGAAGAAGAACUUGCGAAGCCAAAAGCGAAGCGAAGCAAACGAAAUUCAACCCAGAAACAUUCACAAAAAGACAACACUCACUUAAGGAUAGAAGACGCCAACAUAUUACUAGAUUCUCUCCCCCUACUUACGAAGCAAGAGGAUGAUAGAAUAGAUGUGUUUACUAAAUUAGUAGGGAUGAAAAUGAGAGCUCUUGACACUCGCCAACGGAUUUUAGUUGAGAAAGUUAUAAAUGAUGCGCUACACGAAGCUGAAAUGAACAGUUGGCAGUCUACUGUUGUGCACAAAGUAGAGGAUCUAACCAAUCCACUGGAGGAAUUAGAGUAGUCUACUGAAGACCUACCGUGGGACUAAGUACGGGUUUGAUAGUUUGUUGAAAAAUAUUAAAGUUUUUGUUUUCUCGGCGCCUCUAACGGAAACUAUCAUGAAACUUUUGACACAUAGGUAAUGUAGGCUAAAGAAAAAGUAAUUUUUCGUAAAUUCUAGAGGCUCUGAAGGCCUACUGUAUAGGUUUUUACAAACUUUUUUCUGUGGUUGGCGCUAGUACGCAUUUACCACAUUGUUGUAAUGUAAAUAUAGUUAGGUGUAAAGUAAAUCUGUACAGUUAAUUACCAAAUAAAUAAAAUACUUAAGUAUUUAUAAUAAGUAA